CUUUAAUUGCCAGCCACUCGACUGAACUGAACUGCGACCACCAUGGAUAGGUACAUAAGCGAGUUGGUGUGCGGAUGUUAGGCCUUCUAUUAACUAACCCAACGCCCACAACUGCGACACCACCCCCUCUGCGUCUCGCGCCGGCGUUGUCCCCGCCAUACAUUUGAAUUCAGUUUCGUCUCUACAACUAUAUCCUACUUGUCUUUGCCUGCCUUUGAUUUUAGCGACCUUAUAUGCUCUAUUUAGAAUAUACGGCGUCAUAGGCGGGUGGGUGUACUAUUGUCCUUCUAAAUCAGUUUAGAUCUGUCUGGAGUUGAACCACUUCGAGUAUUCACGAGCCAACGACAAUGCGGAUCGCUUGUCUACAAUUUGCGCCUCAGCUUGGAGAUGUCGACCAAAACCUCAAUCGAGCAGAUGCUGUCUUAAGCAAGGCGAACCCAAAGAAUAUCGACCUUCUCGUGUUGCCAGAGUUAGCGUUCUCCGGCUAUAACUUUAAAUCAUUAAAAGAUAUAGCCCCCUUCCUUGAACCGACAGCAGCUGGCAUUAGUUCUCUAUGGGCAAGGACAACAGCCUUAAAAUACGACUGUGUGGUGACUGUUGGAUACCCAGAGAAGGUGGACAUAACACCAAAAUGGCCAGCGUCUCCAGAAUACUACAGCUCUGCAAUUACAGUGAACAAGGAAGGGGAAACAAUCGCAAACUAUAGGAAGUCGUUCCUGUAUUAUACAGAUGAAACAUGGGCGUUAGAAGGACCUGAUGGAUUUUAUGAUGGCGUGGUUGAAGGACUUGGGAACGUCGCUAUGGGGAUAUGCAUGGAUCUGAAUCCUUAUAAGUUUGAAGCACCAUGGAGCGCUUGGGAAUUUGCGUAUCACAUUUUACACCGGCAAGCUAACAUUGCUAUUAUCGCCAUGGCCUGGGUAACAAGAGAAGAUGCAAGAUCAUACAGCAGAACCCCGAAAGAGCCGGACAUGGAAACACUUGCAUACUGGGUGGCGAGGCUAGAGCCCCUAAUCCGGUGCGAGGACGAUGGCGAGAUUAUUAUAGUGCUAGCGAAUCGCACCGGUGUCGAAGGCGAUGCUGUAUACGCUGGUACUAGCGCUGUUCUUGGGAUUCAAAGUGGCGAGGUAAAACUAUAUGGUGUCCUUGGCCGUGGAGAACGUGAGCUUCUUGUGGUCGAUACUUCCAAUAGACCACAAGCAAAGCUUGUUAGUGAUCCCUCUAUUCCAGCACGCACCAGAGGGCCAGCUGGACCACUGAGUGGAGGGACCAGCAUGCUUGGUGAACACCGGAACGAGUCCUGUGACUCACGUGCGUCCAAAGGAAUUCAGAGCUCCUUCGAUCCACUGAUAGAACCCGAGGACAUUCAACCCAGCAUUGACGAGAUUCUUGCAGGGGGUAUUUCAAUGUCGCCAGUCGAACCUCUUUCCGCUCACGUUUUCUUCGGCUCCAACCCAACGAAACCAGUAGAUAGGCAUCCAUUGAAAUCGACAGCAGCAGAAAAUAUGCCAGAUGGGUCACAAAUCUUGAAGUCGAGUAAAGAUGAGACCUAUCAGGCCCUCAAAUCCGCCGUGAACGGCAUAAACCGCAAAGAUAGCUCGACACCUUCUCCUGAAGCUGAUCGCUUUGAACGCCCCUCAAGCCCGAAAUCACGCAAUGCGAGUAGAACACGACAGGCGGUGCACCAAGAGCAAGCGCUAUACACGCAUGAUCUUGCAGGCGUGGAACUACAGACGAAACGUGCAACCAGCAGGAAUGGGAUGGGAGGCGUCGAGAUGACCAGAGGGCCUGUACCUGGACAGGCGCUGAAUUCUUCGAGCCAUGCUAUGGAUAUCAUUUCAGGCAGUGACCAUGAAGGCACAGAAAGUCUGGUCCCUCCCGUAGCAUCCGAGAUUGGCCUACGGCCCAAGAGUACUGGGUGGUGAUAUUGGUUAUUUACGACACAGCGGGACAUUAUUUGCAUCUGAUGCCAGCCUUUUGCAUGCUGAUCCUCUAAUGAUGAGUUUGGAGCAUGGAGUAUUAGUUUGGUACGCCAAAUAGCACAAUGUGGUAAGGGUUUACAGGGGCUGCAUUGACAUGGUUCUUGAUCUCGUACGGGCUGGGGAAGGGUAACAAGGAAUUUAUCACUACAAGGAGAAUACUUUCAUUAUUGAUUUCCAAGCAAUAGUUGCUCUAGGGGCUUUGUUUUGUGGUGGAGGUGGAACGUAUGAAUAGUAGAACGAGACAGGCUUCCCUGCCUUAGGAGUCUCCCGUAGCCGUCCAGGAAUCAAUGAUGCAUCAC